UUUCUCUGCUCUCUCUCUCUCUCUCUCUCUCUCUCUCUCUCUCCUAUUUCCUUCGUUGAAUUUGUCUGCUCUCUCUGCAUCUCUCUCUCUCUCUCUCUGCCUCCUAUUUCUUUCGUUGGAUUUCUCUGCUCUCUCUCUCUCUCUCUCUCUCUCUCUCUCACGAAGAUGGGAAAACCAUCUAAAGCUAAGAAACCAGAGAAUGUAGGAACAGGGAAGAUCACCCCAAUCCAAGUAGCCUUCAUCGUCGAUCGAUAUCUCUCCGACAACAACUACACCAAAACUCUCUCCGUUUUCCGAACUGAAGCUUCCAGUCUCAUUUCAGCUACAAAGGUUAGAGAGGCGCCGAAGAGUUUGCUGAGUUUGGGGGCUAUCUUGGAUGAGUACAUAUGCUUGAAGGAGCAAAAGGUGAUUUUGGAUAAGGAGAAGUGCAGGGUUGAGAAGCUGCUUCAGGGCAUGCAGGAUGUGAUGCAUGCAUACAAUUCGGCUGGGAGUGUUGCUCCGAUAUCAACAGCUGCGAUGACCCCGAUUCCUCAAAUUGGCCUCAGAAAUGGGUCUCAUGGAGGCUAUCCCAUCUACAACACUCCCACAGUGAAUCCUGUUCCAAUGCUUCCUUCUCCUGCUAUGGAUUGCACGAAUUUCUCGACUCCAGUCACUAAUCUUCCAUCUGCAAACAAGAGAAAAGGUUCAAGGCUUGUAUCUGAUGCGAUACCAACUUCAAAGAAAUCUUGCACCAAAUUACCCAUCAAAGCGCCGGGAAGCUGCGGUACUGAAAUGCCUCCACAAGCAACUAACACAAAUGCUGACCAAGAAGCUGUUCGGCCCAUCUCCAUCAUUCAUUCAACUUCUAACAAUCAUCCUCCAAGAGUUUCUUCAGUUCAAGGAUCAUCUGUUGCAAAGAGCUUAUUCAAGCAGACUCAAUCACAAGCUGACUCAUCUUGGCCCAAGACCCCUCCACAAGACUCCGCAUCUCAAGCUGAUAAAUCUGUCUCUCCAUUGGAGAGUUCGUCUGCUAAUAGCAAUACCCCUCAGAAAAAGAGCCACAUCCCUCAGAGGUUUGCUUCGGCUGACUGUCACAUAAUCACUUCUGAGAGAGUUGUUGUGAGCCCAUUCAAAUAUACUGGCUGUUAUACCAUGGAUAGGAGUCUGCGGGUUUCUUCCUCGCCACUGAAAUCAACUCCGAAGAGAUCGGGUAGGAGAGAUCAUAUAAAGGGCAGGCUAGAUUUUGAUGAUUCGAAUGUAGUGAUGGGUGCAGAAAAACCAGUUGCUGAGGACAUCUCUACUUCCUCAGCUGUUGAUGAUAUUGCAGAAAUGUUUGACAUGGAUAUUCCUAAUUUUGAUGUUUUCGGUUCGGAUUUCUCCCUCUCGGAACUUUUAGUUGAUUUUGAUCUCGAUAAUGAAGGAAUGGGACUUGCCCCGCAUCAGGCCAUGGACCCGUCUAUCGAUCUUAUUGGAGGGCCCGAUCAUGAAUCUGGAAAUGGAGGUUCACCGACAGAUCAAGCUUCAUCUGAGCCGCCUCUCUCAAGUAUAACAACAAUCCUUUCUGAAAAGGAUAUGAACAGACAAGGAAUGGAUUCUAUGAUAUCGGUGAAAUCUAUAACUAAAUGCAUCAAAAUCGUUAGCCCUGCUAAAAGUCGAAGGAGCUCUUCAUCAAAAUGAGAAAGAUUGACAUGGUAUCAAUUGCAACUGACCGAAGAUGUUGCUGACAUGCUCAAAGUUCUAACUGAAUUGCAUUACUGCGGCGAUGUUAGUCUAGUCCUAGUACAUGACUCAUUUCAUUGUUGUUUUAGUAUUACUCUUUUUAAAAUUCUUCCUAACACUGACCUAUUGUAAUCGAACGGUAAUUUGGAAUGUUGAUGAUUUUAGUUCUAACUUGAAUUGCAACCAAAUUCUCAUCACUUCCGAUAGAAUGCGUUUGGAUGUACAGGUGAAUUAAAUAACGAAUGUUCAGUUUAAGUGAGGGCA